AUGGCCCCCGCACAGGUCGUCGACGAUGUCGAUGUCGACAUGGACCAGGAUGAGACCAAUGAUCAGGAAGAGAAGUUGAUCAAUGAGGAGUACAAGACCUGGAAGAAGAACAGCCCCUUCCUCUAUGACAUGAUCCUGAGCACUGCACUGGAGUGGCCGACCCUGACUACUCAGUGGUUUCCCGAUGUCAAGGAGCCUAAGGAUAAGAACUACCGAAUUCACCGUUUGCUUUUGGGCACCCACACAGCCCCAAACGUCCCCAACUACGUACAAAUCGCCGAGGUUGAGAUUCCAAAGGCAGUGGAGCCGAAUCCCCAUGAUUAUGACGAGGAGCGUGGCGAGAUUGGUGGCUACGGCAGCAAGGCCUCGUCGGGAGAAGUCGCUGCGAUCCGCUUCAACAUCGUCCAGAAAAUUGAUCAUCCAGGCGAGGUGAACAAGGCCCGUUAUCAGCCCCAGAACCCAGAUCUCAUCGCUACUUUAUGUGUCGAUGGCAAGAUCUUGAUCUUUGAUAGAAGCCGGCACAGCAGCGCACCAUCAGGUGUUGUGAGCCCAGAACUGGAGCUCAUCGGUCACAAGCAAGAGGGCUUCGGCUUGAAUUGGAGUCCACAUGAGGAGGGCCGCCUUGCUUCUGGCAGUGAGGACACUACUGUCUGUCUCUGGGAUUUGAAGUCACUGUCCGGCAAUACCAAGACCCUCAAAUACUCGCACAAGUACACACACCACAGCCAGGUGGUCAACGAUGUUCAGUUCCAUCCAAUUGCGAAGCACUUCGUUGGAAGUGUUUCUGAUGAUCUGACCCUACAAAUAGUUGAUAUCCGGCAAGAAGCCACAGAUAGGGCAGCUCUAAUCGCCCGCAAUGGCCACAGCGAUGCCAUCAAUGCCCUUGCUUUCAAUCCUGGCUCUGAGUAUCUGAUCGCAACUGCUUCUGCAGACAAGACAAUUGGUAUCUGGGAUAUCAGAAAUGUCAAGGAGAAGGUCCACACCCUCGAAGGCCACAAUGAUGCCGUCACUUCUCUUUCAUGGCACCCUCAUGAGGCAGGUGUUCUAGGCAGUGGAAGCUAUGACAGAAGAAUAAUCUUCUGGGACCUGAGCCGGGUUGGAGAAGAGCAACUCCCAGAUGACCAGGAGGAUGGGCCGCCGGAGCUGCUAUUCAUGCAUGGUGGUCACACCAACCAUCUCGCAGACUUUAGCUGGAACCAGAACGACCCUUGGCUGGUAUGCAGUGCUGCCGAAGACAACCUACUUCAGAUCUGGAAGGUCGCCGACUCUAUCGUCGGCCGUGACGAUGUGGAUAUGCCCCUGGACGAGUUGGAGCGCUAG